CCAGGCUUGUCUAAGAUGCAGUGAGUACAUAAGAGAGAGACAGUCUGUCGUCUGUCAGUUUGUGUGAAACCUCUCGUCAAACAUGUCUGAAUCUGGAACGUGCACCUCUAUCAUCAACCUGCGUUACCAAGACGGCAGCGAGGGCAGCCCCUCCAACCCUGUGAAGUUCAACCAACAAGACUAUGCACAGCUGAAGGAUCAUUACCUCUGCAGUGGGAAGCCGUUUGUGGACAACACCUUCCCACCUAACAACCGCUCUCUGGGGUGCCUGCCUAAUUCUGGCAACGAGCAGCACAACAAAGUGGAGUGGCUCCGACCAGCUGAGCUCUUGAAAAGACAAAACAACAGCAAUGAGCCGACUUUCUUCACGCAGGAAGCCUCACGCUUUGACUUUGGUCAAGGCUACGUCAGUAACUGCUGGUUUCUGUCUGCAAUUUCUUCACUGACCUUCAAUCAGCGCCUGCUAGCACAAGUGGUGCCAGUAGACCAGUCCUUCGAGGGCCACGCAGGAAUAUUUCACUUCAGGUUCUGGAGGUUUGGCAAGUGGGUGGAUGUGGUCAUCGAUGACCUUCUGCCAACAAUGAACAACUUUUUGCUCUCGGUGCACUGCAAAGGAGGAAAUGUUUUCUGGGUUCCUCUGCUGGAGAAAGCAUAUGCCAAAGUGUGCGGUUCAUACGAUGACAUGAACUUCGGCUUGCCGUCAGAAGCUUUCAAGGAUUUCAGCGGAGGUGUAAGCAAGACCUACAAACUCGGGGAUUUCCACCAUGAAGGCCACGAUGAAGAACUUUGGCUCUCGCUGAGCAGAGCCACUGGGUGCAGGUCAAUGAUUUGCUGCGGGACUCCAAGAUUGGAUAUGGUGAACACUGUAGCAGAAAAUGGACUCGUGGUUGGACACGCCUAUUCUGUCACAGGUGUCACUGAGGUCGACUAUUUCGGCUCCAAAGUGAAGCUGGUGCGCCUCAUGAACCCUUGGGGUGAACAGGAGUGGAUCGGAAAGUGGAGUGACAGGUCAGAUAUGUGGGACAGACUGAAUAUGGAAGAUCGUGUAAAGCGUUCUUAUUGCAACGAUGGAGAGUUCUGGAUGGAGUUGGAGGACUUCUGUCACAAUUUUCUCAGUGUGUCCAUGUGCUGUGAGAACCCCAACUUCAUCGACGGCGACCUCACCUGCCAGUGGAAGUGCAUGACUUACGAUGGCAGCUGGGUGGCAGGGAAGUCUGCAGGCGGCAGCAUCACUGACAGUACCUUCGAGGAAAAUCCUCAGUAUCGCAUCCAGGUGUCUAUUAUAGACGAGAAUGAGCCAGGAGACAAAAACAUCUUGAUCUGUUUGAUGCAGAUACCUCAGGCGAUGAACCGCCUACAGGAACGCUUCUACUCAGCUGGACUGACCAUCUUUAAGAUUCCACCUGGGACCCCAAAAGGACGUCUGGAAACGCCCUUCUUUUACGCAAAUCCCCCCGAGAAGGAAAGCCUGUACACCAAUGAAAGGGAAGUGAUUGAGUUCCUCAGCCUGGAGCCUGGAGAGUACGUGAUCAUCCCCUCGACCAACAUACCCUACAUGAACGCAGACUUUGUUCUCACUGUCUACACCAAGGUUCAGAUCAGUCCCCACAAUGGACAUGAUGAGCAUGACGACCAUGAGCACGACAAACCCAUUCAUCCCAAGAACUCUGGAAAUUGCACUGACGAGGACGCUGACAUGGGUUCCACCCGUGACUUGUUCAACCGCUAUGUCGAUCAGAGCGGUGAGCUGAUGGCCACACAGCUCCAGAGGCUCCUCAACGAAAACGUCCCUCAUGGGACCCCUCAUGGCUUUGGUUUGAACACUUGCAAGAGCAUGAUUGCUAUGGUGGAUAUCGACCAAAGGUUGACGAUGACCUUCACUGAAUUCUCCGUCCUCUGGAAGAAGAUUCAUGAAUACAAGCAACUCUUCCAUCGCUCUGAUUUGAAUCAGACUGGAUCCCUGUCUGACAUCGAGCUCCAGAAGGCAAUUGAGUCUGCAGGGAUGAAUGUGAGUGAUUUCACGGUGAGGCGGGUGAUGUUCCGCUACACAGAACCCUCAUCCACCUCCUUGAAGAACUUCAUCGUUCUCAUGAUGCGUCUGGAAAAUACAUCAUAUGUUUAUCAGAAAAAAUCACAGGACGGCUUGAUCCACCUGACAUGGGAAGAGUGGUCCAACGUGUCCCUUUAUAACUAGACCACAGGUCAUCACAGAAACAGAGGAAACACACAAGAGAAGAUUCCUGCAAUCCAACAUUUCUAUUUUUAGAUUCUGUGAUCAAAUAAUCCCUGUGGAAUAAACGGUAACCUUCCAAUUUACAAGAAGCAGCAGGAGAAACUGUGAACCAGAAAUGAUUUUAUUAUGACUCACCAUGAAUUAAAUUACAAGAGGAAGAUACAGCACCUCAAAGCACAAAGGAGAAUAAACACAAGCACUGGUUUACAUAAUGACACAAUUGUGCUACUGAUACAAGAGUCUCUGUCAGAACUCAUAUUUACAAGUCAAAACUUCACAUUUACGACCUCUAUAAUAUUCCACCAUCAAGUCCCCAAACCCAAAAAAAUGAUUUUUCCUGUUCUUGAUUAGCUCAAGUUUGGCAAGAUUCAGUUUUUUUAGAAACAUUUUGUUUGUGAAUACAAGGCCUGAUGCUUUUUCUUUGGUGCUUUACCUCUGUUGUUGUCCAUGACUAUUAAAAACAUCAAUAAGCAA